AAGUUUGAGUUCCACCUUCCCCCCUCGGUUCUGCCGCCGAACCGACCCCACCAGAGGUUGGGCCCGCCGGUCCUGCGUUCCAAAAUCUAAGAUGCUCUGAAUUCUACCCGGCGCCGAGCUUCGGAGUGCGGGCGUUUGGGGCUCGAUCUGCCUCCCAUCAGGCUGCGGAUCGGGAGGGGGAUGAUGGCUGAUCCGACUUCGCUUUCGCCUCCCUCGUGGGAGUUCCACUUGCCUCUGUCUCCGGCCGACUUGCUUCGCAGCGCGGGGUCUCUGCAGUACGUGGUGCAGGAAGUGCUGCCCCUCAGACAGCUCCCGGGACAGCUGGCAGUAUUUCAGACAACAUUCUGUACACAAGGAGCACUUGCUAUCCUGCAGCAUUUUGAUACCCUUUUCAGUAUUCUACACUACUUCAGGACUGUAGAUAAGGCUGUUAAGGAAGAUGCCCUAGAACUGAUGAUGAAAGUUGUGACUAGUCAAUCCAAUGCCCUGACAACCAUCCUGAAUGAUUCAGACCUCAGAUCUUCUCUUCGGGUUCUCCAUCUUAAUGCUCUAAAGAUGAAUUGUUAUAUACUAGUACGGCUAGUGGAGGCAUUUGAAACGGAAUCUGGCAAGACCAAUCUAGUGGGAUUGGAAUCCAAGGGGAAGAACAAGAAAAGCCAUACUAAAGGCUUUGCUUGGGAGGAAGAAAGGCAGUCAAUUAUACAACUGCUCACACAAUUACUUCAGUUGGAUCUUCAUCAGCUUUGGAAUGGCUUGGUAGUGGAAGAAGAGUUUGUAAGUUUGCUAACUGGCUGUUGCUACCGUAUCCUGGAAAAUCCCACCAUUAGCCACCAGAAGCAUCGGCCCACAAGAGACACAGUGAUUCACCUACUAGGUGUUGCUCUAUCUCGAUAUGACCAUAUGCUCAGUGCCACUCUGAAAGUCUCCCAGAUGCUUCAGCACUUUGAACAUGUAGCUUCAGUAUUUGUGGAGGCUGUAACCGUGUGGAUCAAGGACUAUGGUAUGAAGAGUAUUGUGGGGGAGAUACUAAGGGAAAUUGGACAGAAAUGCCCCCAAGAACUGGCUCGAGAGGCUUCUGGGGUGAAGAGCUAUGCUGCCUUCUUGACAGAACUCACUGAACGAACACCAGCUAUUGUUCUGUCCAACAUGAGUGUCCUGUUGCAUCACCUGGAUGGAGAGAGUUAUGGAAUGCGUAAUGCCAUUUUGGCUGCUAUGGCAGAGAUGCUGUUGCAAGUGCUGAAUGGAGAACAACUGGAGGAAGCUGCCAUAAAUACAAGGGAUCAGUUCUUGGAUACUUUGCAGGCGCACACGUGUGAUAUCAGUAGCUUUGUGCGCAGUCGUGUGCUUCAGCUCUUUACCCGAAUUGUGCAACAGAAAGCUCUGCCCUUAACUAGAUUCCAAGCAGUUGUGUGCCUUGCUGUGGAUCGGCUACAGGACAAAGCAGUAACCGUGGUUAAGAAUGCUAUCCAAUUGCUCUCUGCCUUCCUUUCCAACAAUCCUUUCUCUUGUAAGUUGAACUGCACUGACUUAACUGAACUUCUUGAAAAGGAGAAGCAAAAACUCCAAGAAAUGAAGACAGCCAGGACCCCAGCUGAGGCCGUGAUUUCCCCUGAGGAAGAAUGGGAAGCAAUGCAACCAGAGCUCCAGGCAACUCUGAAGAAUUGCCUAGAUUCAGAGCAGUGGGAAGAAGAGGAACAUGACCUUGAGACAAGGGACCCAGCACAGCUAAUCAACGAUAUUGUCCAGCUGUUGAGGAAAUCCAACUACAAGAAUGCCAUCUGUCUGACACGAGAAGGUGUGCGCCAAUUCCAAGAGUUGGAACCCUUUUCCAACAGCCCAGGAACAAAGGAUGAUGAGAAAAACGUUAUCUUGAAUGUAUUGAGAACAUUAUAUCUUGAUACCAAAAUUACAGAUGGUGUCCAAGAAUCCACAGAUGAUGGUAACAGUACAGGGAAUGAAAAGCAAACUGAGGAAGACCCUCUGCCAGCAGCGUUGGUAAAACAAGAGAUGCUGGUGCAAUACUUACAGGAUGCCUACAACUUUUCUGCAAAAAUCACUGAAGCCUUAAGCAUGGUCUCUAAGCUCAUGUAUGAAAGAUCAGUAUCUGUGGCCCAAGAAGCUAUUGAGUUCUUUGUUAUAGUUUCUCAGUUUGGCGUACCUCAGGCUGUGUUUGGAGUCCGUCGUAUGCUCCCCCUGAUAUGGUCUAAGGAACCUGGAGUCAGAGAAGCCGUGUUGGAUGCCUAUAGGAGACUCUACCUGAAUCAAAAUGGUGGCUCUGAAAGGACUCAAGCCCAGAAUUUGAUCCUCUCUCUCUCUCUUCUAAUAGUUGAUGCAUCAUUGGGGACAAUUAAGUGCCUUGAAGAAAUUAUCUCAGAGUUUGUGCAAAAGGAUGAAAUAAAACCUAUUGUGAUUCAACUGCUCUGGGAACAAUUUACUGAGAAAUUGCAGUGUUCAAAAUUGGAACGCCAUGCUGCUAUUAUGCUUCUAGGAAUGAUGGCACAAGGGAAGCCGGAGAUUGUGGGAAGUAACCUGGAUCUUUUAAUCUCUGUGGGAUUAGAUGAGAGAGUCCAGGAAGAUUAUCAUCUUGCCCAGGAAGUGUGCAAUGCUAUCUCCAAAAUUGCCAAAAGCCAGAAGUCUGACCUUGGGAAAAACACUACUCCCUUCCGACUUCCACAGUCACACUUACUUUUCAAGCGCCUGCAUGAGGUCAUAACUGUGGGUUUUACUCAUUCAAGUGCACAUUGGAUUCCCUUUACUGAGAGAGCAGUUGCCCUUAUCUACCUGUUGGCAGAAGGACCUGAGGAAAUAUGUGCUCAGAUCUUGCAGUCUUGUAGCCAACAAGCCCUGGAAAAGUUGCAGGAGUUUAGUACAGCAGCUGAGGCAGAGUUUGGAUCUUCUUCCGAUGAAGCAACUGGUGAUUCGAACAUGAUUGAUAUCAUUCUGUUAACACAUUUGGUCUCCCUUGCGGGGGAUGUGGCCUUGCAGCAGCUUGUACACCUGGAGUUAUCUAUAAGCAAUGAGCUACGCAGGCGCCGUGUCCUUGGGGAAGAACGAGACACAAAGGAACAGGCUGCCAGCACUGUAAAAGUCCAGAAUAGCAAGUGUACUGGGAAUGACACCACCAUGGAGGAGGACUUAGGCUUGGUUGGCGCUUCUGCUGAAGAUACAGAAAUGGAACUCAUCCGUACCAUUUGUGAGACAGAGCUCUUGGAUGGAAAACAGCUGCUUUCAGCCUUUGUUCCUCUUGUAGUCAAGAUUUGCAACAAUCCAGGACUCUAUAGUGAUCCAGCACUCUCAGCAGCUGCCGCAUUGGCCCUGGGAAAAUUCUGCAUGAUCAGUACAGAAUUUUGUGACUCACAUUUGCGGCUCUUCUUCACAAUGAUGGAGAAAGCCACACUCUCCAGUGUACGUGCAAACCUCAUCGUUGCAGCUGGAGACCUGGCCAUCCGCUUUCCCAACUUGGUGGAACCUUGGACGCCCCACCUCUAUGCCAGGCUGCGGGAUCCUUGUCCACAUGUCAGACGGACAGCUGCUAUGGUGAUGACUCACCUGAUCCUAAAAGACAUGGUGAAGGUGAAGGGGCAAGUGAGUGAGAUGGCAGCUCUUCUCAUUGACCCCAAAGAUGAGAUUGUUCAUCUGGCUCGGAAUUUUUUCACUGAACUCUCUAACAAAGAUAAUGCUGUUUAUAACCUGCUCCCUGACAUCAUCAGCCGCCUUUCAGAUGCAGACUCUGGCAUAGAGGAACAGCCUUUCCAUACCAUUAUGAGGCAACUUUUUUCUUUUAUCACUAAGGAUAAGCAAACAGAGAGCCUGGUAGAAAAACUUUGUCAACGAUUUCGAACUGCUCGAACAGAGCGCCAGCACCAUGAUUUGGCAUACUGCCUUACCUUACUUCCUCUCACAGAACGAGGCCUCCGUAAGAUGCAAGACAACUUCGACUGCUUUGCUGAUAAACUCCAGGACUUGACAGUCUACAACCACUUCCUGGUUGUGUUAGGCCGGGUUCGCAGGGUGUCCACUAAGCCAGAGAUGAAGGCUCUUAUUGAAGAAUUUGAACAGAAGAUCCAGAAGUGCCACAACAAGGGUCUGGAUUCCUUCACUGAAGCUCCACAGGAGACCACACACCAAGAAGGCAGUAAUAGACCUGUGCUGCAACCAAUAAAGAAAGUAGUACCACGAUCCUGUCGGCGACCUCUUCGGGCAGGGAACAGAAAAACUGACUCCGCCUUUAUCACUCCUAACCCCCACAUUACUCGAUCCAAGAGGAAGACUUCCAAACACAAAGUUUCCAUUGUUUUCUCCAGUGACGAAGAGAACAGCCUAGAUGAAGAGCUUGAUGCUGAAUUGACAGCGGAGGAGACCCCCAGCAAAACAACUCCUAUUUCUCGUUCGUCUCAUCGCUCUCGAUGAUUACCUGCCUUUUUGUUGAGUCUGUUGGUUAAUGGGAGCAAGUUUCCCAAAAUUUCAGAAUGAAUUGGAUCCCUUUUUUAUAUUUGAUAAAGUUACAUGGGAGGGUUAUUUUAGAUUUCAAGGCUUAGCAUUGUGACGAUUGCAUACUCACAUGGUUGAUAAAUUAAAAUGUGCCUUUUGGUAAA